GUUCGCGUUGAAUUUUUCAAAAAAAAUAACCGUUAGCACCUGCAUUUUUUGCUCCAACAGCCAUAUUUUUGAAAUCUAAACGUUGGGAACCCCUCUUUUCUAUAUAUUGGGACCCCCUCUCUUCACUUUUACCCACACAAACACAAUUCUCUUCAAUAUCUUUGCAGAUUUCAUCUUCUCUACAUUUUUCUUUUGAGAUUUCUUCACCAUGGGCAAAGACAAGAGCAGGGCUGCCACCUCCGGGAAAUCAAAGUCCCAAUCCCGGGCACCGUCAACAAACUCCGAGGAGCGCCUCUACUACGGCGAAGGAUCGUAUCUCUGGUUCGAUUCUGAGGAGAAGCGCACCCGUUUCCUCACUUUCUUCUCUAAACAGGUUGUGGCUCCCCCACGGAUAGUCCCGGAGCGCCUACCGGAGCUGCAAGGCUACGACGACCUAGAUGCACAGCUUCACCAAACCGGCUUAUGGCCGUUCGUCUCCCGGGCUCGGAAGGAGAUCAACCUGGCACUGAUUCGGGCCUUCUACUCGAAUCUCCGGCGUGAGGACAACGUCAUCUACAACCUCGUCAAGUCCACACAGAUUGAGCUCACCGUCGAACAGCUUGGGCGGAUCGCCGGCCUCCCCUACCAAGGCGACGACGUCUCCCACUAUGGCGGAGAGGACUGGGUGCUCAACAACGAGGGCCUUAUCCUCAACGAGCUUGGAAUCACCGAGCUCAUCCGGCACGCCUCGGGCCGCCCCACCAUCCACUCCGCGAACCCCGAAGGCCGUCUCCUCCUCUACAUUGUGUCCCGGAUUAUCAAACCCCGGAAGCAUUGGCACACGAUCAUGUCCGGUGAGGACCUCAAGCUCAUCCAUGCGAUCAUGCACUCGGCCCCAAUCAAUUGGGCGAAGUUUGUCAUGAUCAACAUGACGAUCGCCGCGUCCACCGACCACGAUCACCUCCUCCCGUACCCGUUCGUGGUGAUGGACAUCCUUGAAUGGUUCAAGGUAACCACCACUGUGGGCCCGCUCACAAAGCCCACGAAGCUUUGGACGAUCAGCGCCCAAACCUUCACCAAGCGGUUGGACAAUGCCGCGCCUGCCACUGCCGCGCCACGCCGCACUGCCACUGCCGCUGGCCUAGCCGAACUCCAGGCCCGGGCCAACCUUGCCUCCAUCACCGACUCCCUCAACCGGCUUCACUUCAAAGUUGACGGGAUGGAUGGCUACCUUGAGCGGCUCGACGAGGCUGUCCAACGCCAAGGGCAUGCCAUGAACGCGUACUUCCAACGCGUUAACUAUGUCCCCCCACCGUACCAUGGCACGUUCUUUGGGCAAGUGUACGGUGACGAGGACGAAGACGAUGCCUCCUACGCCCUGUCAAGCUCCCCGGACGAGGAUGAGUUUGACGACGCCAUUGACGGUGAUGAGAUGGCCAUCAACGACGAGGAGGAGGAAACCAAAGACGAAGACUAGGACACCCCUAGAAUUUCUAUCUCUUUUUUUAUUGUCCUGUUUUUCUUUAAUCGCUUCCGUUGUACUCCGCUAUUUCCCAAUUUAAUAAAUAAAAUUAUCUCUUAUCUUUUUGUUAAUGUCAAAAGGGGGAAGAAAAGGGUUAUACAUAC